CGAAUUCUCCUCCAAGUACCUAAGCGAUCGUCAGCCGUCCAAUGGUUGAGCAGAGCUGAGCAGCGAUCAGCCAAUGGUUGAGCAAUGCUGAGCAGAGCUCAGUGCUCAACAGACCAAUCAUUGAGCGAGGAUCGGUAAACGUCAUCCAGCUGUAUGAGCUGUUUUAAAAAUACUGGCGGCCAUUGAUGAUCGAUUGGACUGUUUUCUUUACUAUAAGAUGAAACAUGGAGAAGCCUAGACAUCGGUGCAGCGUGUGCGACAAGACUUUCACUGAAAAGUCCAACCUGACGAGGCAUCUGAAGAUCCAUGCCGUCGCCAGGGAGACCUUUGACUGUGAUGUCUGCAGGAGGAGCUUGACCACCAAAUCAUCGCUGGUCAGCCAUCAACAGCAACACCAGUACCCCAACAUCGUUAUGUACCGGCAAGGAGAGGCCAGGCUGCAGUGUACAGAGGCAGCAAAGUCUGUGGCAGAGGCCCCCAGCAUUGUUGAUGACCCUACAUGGCUGGAUCCCAAGACAGCAGAGGCGAUGGCCAAGAGGUCCGGGGGUGAGCUGUGGAAAGGUCAGCUGGUCAUCGUGUUCGGGAAGUACGCCGGUCAGACCUUCAAGUGGCUUCUAGAAAACGAUGUCGGCUGGCUGGUGUGGUUGCUGUUCCAGUACUGCCAGCAGGGAGAGCAGAACGAGCUGUUAAAGUGGCAGAAGGAGCGACUGCUCGCGUACGCCAGAGAGUUCCCUCCGGUCACAUGGCACCUUGACAGGAGGUUGAAGAAAGCGCAAUCGAAGCCCGACCUCUCUCAGCAGGACCCCUACUAUGCCAGCGAUGCCGAGAUGUUGGUUGCUGCAGAGAGUGUCCUGGACAGGGCCGAGGCGUCGGUCAGCACUCAGCUGACCACCUGGGGAGAACUCGCCAGCUCUGUGUGCCAGGACGACAGGCCCGGACCCUCGUCCCUCCGAGAAACCUCGGAAUCCGGUGGCGUCGUGCUGGAGGGCUGGCAGAAGUUCUGGGAGCAGCCGCCUGAAUCCGCCCAAGCCCUUGGUAUUGCCCCCGCUAACAUCAAGUGGCUGAAGACCAACGAGACCUACGGGCUGUUCGAGAGGGCGUCCAGGUACAAGAAUGUCAGGGGAGAGAUGGCCGAGAGGAAGCUCUUUAAGGAGAAGAUGGAGUUCCACCCGCCACCACCUCCUAUGGCUGUCAAGGGAGCUGUGCCCAACAUGCUCUCCUUCUUCACCACCCCUGCCUUCUUCGGGCGCCCGGUCGGCGUGAUGAAGGCAUUGAUCCGCUGCCCCAACACCAACUGCCCCGCACCGCCAGAGUACUAA